AUGAUGCUAAAGGAUGAAGCGAGAGAUUUAAGACAAGAACCAGCAGCUCGGGAAAGACAACAGGAAGUAACAAGAAACUCAACUCUAGACCGUGAAAAGAUGGAUUCUGCUGCCCAAGCGUUACUUUCUUUGCCAGCCACUCCUGUUGGAAAAGCUUCACCAAAAUCUAUGCCAAACGGCUUUGGUAUCAGUCCACUAACUCCUUCUGCCAGGAUAUCAUCACUAAACAUGGUAGAUAUUUUACAGAAAGUAGGGGCUUUAGAAUCAAAAUUAGCAGCUUGUAGGAACUUUGCAGAGGACCAAGCAUCACGGAAAUUCAGGGAAUUUCAGGGAAUGUUAACUAGGGUGAUAAACUGCAAUGGCACAAAGCUCUCUCGAUCAGGGCAUACGUCUUUCUUUGCUAAAGGGGCAGUGAACGUCUUUGACCCAGCUCCUCCUCCUUGA